AUGGGAGGCCCCGCGCCGAACGACCACGCGAGCCGGUGUGACGGCUCAUGCAGGGACCAGCAUGGUUUGAAUGAGGCGGCAGCUCUCCGUGGACACAGGGGUGUCUUAGAGGCCUUCAGCACCUGGGGCGCUACUGGCGCUGCUGACAGCGAAGAGAGGCGGACUCCGUCUACGUCGACCGCUGCGACGGAGGCGUCGUGUGCGCUGACAGUGAUCCCGAGGCAGUGCGAGCAUCCAGGUGCAGGCACCACCGUGGUGGACGAUGCUGUGGCAGAGGAGAUCCUGGAGCGCUUGGACGAGCUCUGGAGGCGCUUGCCCUUGGCUCCAAAGGAGAAGGCUUCACCCACGGAUCGCUGUUACUUCGAUGACGUCUCUGGCUGGCUCACCGGCGCCCUUGACCGGGCCAUCAGUGUUGCAGCCCUCCCCGACGCUUCGUCCGCCGUGUCGCGGGUGCGCUUCUUGAUUUAUCCUGAACCUGGAGGAUGUUUGCCUGCCCAUGUCGACCUGCCCAGAACCGACAAGAAGGGGCUGCGCACCACCUACACCUUCUUGUUGUACUUGAGUGAUUGCUCUUCUGGAGGUGAGACAACCUUCUUGGAAGCCCUGGAGAGUGACAGAGAGUUGGCUGCGUCGGGUGGCGUGAUGCCCGGGGAACGACGCACGCUGGCGAGGGUGAGUCCACGGCGGAACCGGCUGCUGCUGAUGCCUCACGCUUGCCCGCACUUGGCAGCGCCCAUCAUCCACGCCCCAAAGGUCUUGGUGCGCGGCGAGGUGCUGCCGCCGACCUGCAUGCCGCACUCCAGCGCGGUGACCGUUGCGCCAGAGCCGGUACAGCAGGACGCAUCGUCCCAGCUGGUGGAGCUCGGCGAUGGUGUGCACAGCUGCUGGCUAGAUGAAAAGAUCGAUUUCGAGCGGAGGACAAACGUGAGAUGUGUGUGGUUUUCAGCACAUAUUGGGUGA